GCUUGACCCGGCGGCGUGUGCUUUUUAAGCUUGAUGGCCCCCCCUUCGAAGAAUCAUACAAGAGGCUGCUCAGCUGAUCUUUUGCAUCCCAAUUGUCCCCCUCUUGAACCCCCCCUUCCCACCUCGUGCGUUAAAUCCUCCUUCCAUCUUUGAAUUUCCCGCUUGCUGCUGACUUGGUCCUACAACAUCGAUACCCUCACCUUCACCUCCCGAGUCACGCAACAAUGACCACCAAGCAAGAGCUCGACCGCCACUCUGAGCAUGAUCUGGGCAACAAGGCCGGACCACAGUACCACAGUCCCAAUGGACAGAAUGGAGCUGAUCUCAGCCGACAAAUCUCGGUGCAGCUGACUUCGCAGCAGUUUGAAGAGCUCUACCUGCAACCCUCACAGAAAUCCCGUCAGCAGGGACAGCUCAUCAAGGCUCUGGGUAAUCCGACCGUACUGGGUAUCAUCUGCUUCAUUUUGAACCUCAUGCCCACAUCCAUGGUCCUCAUGGGAUUCAGGGGGACCACGUCUGCUGGUACAUUGGGAAUGAUUGGUGUCUACUACUUCGUCGGAGGCUUGGGUAUGGUCAUUGCUGGCUUGCUCGAAUUCCUGAUCGGCAACACAUUCCCUUUCGUCGUAUUCUUCACCUUCGGAGUAUUCUGGCUGUCUCUCGGAACCUACACGGACCCAACUAAGCAGAUUAGUACACUCCUGGCCACGGACCUGCCGGACCUCUACUGUCCUUUCGGUUUUUACCUCCUGAUCUGGUCCAUUUACACCUUCAUGCUCACAUUCGCCGCCAUCCGCACCAACAUGGUCCUCGUCUGGAUCCUCUUCCACGUCGCCAUGACUUUCCUCAUGCUAGCCGCCGCUUACAUCAACAUCGGAAACCUCGCCACAGCCGUAGGUGGAAAGUGUCUCAUUGCAGGCGGAGCCUUUGGAUUCCUUGCCUCUCUUGGAGGGCUCUACAUCCUCUUCCAUCUGCUAUUGGCAGCGAAUGACUUCCCAUUCAACAUCCCACUGGGUGACCUUUCGGGACUGCUGAAGAAGAAGACGCCCCCUGCGAACGACGCGGGCCCGACACAGUAAUUUGUUCGGUUCGCCGUUGGUCCUUGGCGGGUCGGAGGCAGGAAAGUAGCAUUGGGAAAGGAAGAAGCGUUGCGUAACAGAGUGUGAGGGGAGGAGGCGGAUCUAGUCCCUUUUCUGAACCCUUGUAUUCCCCAUUUCUGUAUCUUUGCUUGGAUUUUGGCAUAACUCAUUAUUUCAUACCGUUUCAUCAGCUCCUUUUGACAUCGAAUCCCUGA